AUGUUUGGCUGCGAUGCCCCAACGAACCUCGCGCAAGUUUGUAGAAACUGGCGGCAGGCGGCGUACGACACGCCCUACCUGUGGCGGGCUCUGCAGCUCCACCUAUGGCACUUCCAAGAGGGCAACUUCACAGCCGCCGAAAACCAGGUGGCGGCAGCGCGGGCGUGGCUCAGCCGAUCUGGCGCGCUCCCGCUCUCCAUCUUUCUCCACUGCUCGACAGACCCCACGCCUCUCGCACCAGUGCUCUUAGAAGCAUUCACAUUGCUCCUUUCUCAUUGCUCGCGAUGGGAAUAUGCUUACCUUAUGGUCCCUGCGGCGCUUCCGGCCGACAUGACAAUGCCCGCGCUCCCCCUGCUUGUCCAACUCGAGAUCUCCGUCCCCAGGCUAGUCGGGGGAAGCGCUGUCCAGCCGUUGCGCUGGCUCCCCGCCCCUAAGCUCCGAACAUUGGAUGUGCGCUUUGGCAAGGUCUUCCCUGCAUACGUCCUCAGCCCCGACAGCUGGAAAAGCUUGACCAUACUCAGAGUAUUCGGCAUCCAAUGGGGCCACGCAAUGGAAGCCCUUUCUCUGGCCACUGGUCUCGUGAGCUGCUGGCUCCAGCUGCACGAAGACAGACUCUCACGCCGCGUGCUUGCCCCUUCCGGACAGCCCUUGCAACUGUAUUUGCCACAUCUAGAGACGCUAGCACUCCCGGCCACGGAUCCAGCGACGGUGCAGCUCAACCGCAGGCUGCUCGACAGCCUUCGGGUACCCGCCCUUCGCAGCCUGGCAAUAGACAAGUCCUUCAUAGCAAGCUACCGCCGCAGCCAUUCAGUGCAGGAGACGGCCCACCACUUUGCCCGACUCCUUGACAAGUGGGGGUGCUCUAUGACGCUUGGCCGUCUUACGCUUCUCGUGUGGGAGCAGCCACCGGCAGAUCUCAGCGAUGAUCGAGGUGACGGGCUGUGGCGGAACGAGAUACACACCGCGUUGCCUGCCAUUACCGAUCUCGAGUUCCGAUUCAAUGAUGCGCCGUUUGAUGAAUCGCCCCUCCUUUUUGGAAGCUGGGAGCUGAACUUUCAAGUGACUUGGAGAUAG